GACGGCUGCGCCAUGGCGGCGGCACCCGCACCCGCGCCCGCGCCCCCGCCGCGGCCUGUCACCCACCUCAUCUUUGACAUGGACGGACUGCUUCUGGAUACUGAACGGCUGUAUUCAGUAGUAUUUCAGGAGAUAUGUGGUCGCUAUGGAAAGGCGUACAGCUGGGAUGUCAAGUCCCUGGUGAUGGGGAAGAAGGCGUUAGAAGCCGCCCAGAUCAUAAUAGAUGUCCUGCAGCUGCCCAUGUCCAAAGAGGAGGUGGUGGAGGAGAGCCAGGCAAAGCUGAAGGAGCUGUUUCCCACUGCUAUGCUCAUGCCAGGGGCUGAAAAACUGAUCCAGCAUCUGCGGAGACACAGCAUCCCCUUCGCGCUGGCCACCAGCUCAGGCUCUGUGUCCUUUGAAAUGAAGACCAGCAGACACAAGGAGUUCUUCGGGUUCUUUAACCACGUCGUACUGGGGGACGAUCCCGAGGUGCAGAGCGGCAAGCCGUGUCCCGACAUAUUCCUCGUCUGUGCCAAGAGGUUCUCUCCCCCUCCUGCCCCGGAAAUGUGCCUCGUCUUUGAAGAUGCUCCCAACGGAGUGGAGGCGGCCCUGGCAGCCGGGAUGCAGGCUGUCAUGGUUCCCGAUCAGAACCUCAGCCCGGACUUGACGAGAAAGGCCACGUCUGUGCUCAGGUCCCUGGAGGACUUCCAGCCACAGCUGUUUGGUCUGCCUGCGUACGAGUAGCUCACGGUACCCCAAGGCCACGUUCGGUGUCCACGCUGCUCAGGGUAAGAGGGAAGGACAUUGGCGGCAGCCUCCGGGUUGCGGCCUGCUUGCUCACCACAGCCUUCCGAACGUGGCCGUCCCAUUCUGUGUUGGCACGCUCUGCGAAGUGUUGUUAGCUGUCCACGGUCCGUGGAAAACACGUAGAGGAAGCCCAAACAAAGCUGGAACAUUAGCACGUGAUAAAGCAGUGCAGUAUGUGAAGAAACUGCAUGCAUACAUAAAUGCUACUGUAUGACUACACGUGUAUUUGUGCAGAUACAUAUUUACAUAUGUGGAUGGUUAUUUUCCAACACUGAAUGAAAUUCUGUUCUUGUUUCCCUUUAGUCUGAAUAAUGGCAGUUAGAAAAUGUUAACUAUAUAUGCAGGCAUGUACGUGCCAUUACAUAUGUAUGUAUAUGUAUGAACAUACUUGUUUAUAUAUGAUACACCAUUCCCCUCCCUUCAACGUGGAUGUUUGUUGCAAUAGCAGCUGAAGAGCAGGACGGUCAUUUUGUUUUCCACCGUGAAGGAGAAAGCCUUGGACGGCUGAGGCUCCGUGGUCCCCUUCCCCCGCCUUGCCUGGGUCCCAGAGAUGUCGCCGGCCUUGUGCGCGGUGCCUGGCUGCGCUGUCCCCUGAAUUUUCCUUCCUGCCUCUUGCAGCCGCAGCACACAUUCUCUGUCUACGUCCCCUGUGGCCACAGCACACAUCCUCCGUCAUCCCGUCCAGCUGCAGCACACAUUCUCUGUCUACGUCCCCUGUGGCCACGGCACACAUCCUCCGUCAUCCCGUCCAGCUGCAGCACACAUCUCUGUCUACGUCCCCUGCGGCCACAGCACACACCUCCGUGUACAUCCUCGUGCACAUAGCAGUGUUUUCUACCUCAGGAAAAAGAAAUCAUCUGGGUCCUUCCUCGUACUUGUUUUAUAGAAAUAGAAUUUGAUUUUGCCUCAAUGUAACCAAUUCCUUUCAGUGUUCCUGAUUGUGUAUCUAGAUGCCUGCUGUUCACAUUCUCCUUCAGACCAACUGCAACAUCUUGUGAGUUCUCUCAUAAGGUAAUUUGGUCAAAUAAAAUCUUUUUCAUGUGUUUGUGUAAUAUUUUUAGGGGAAUCAUGAUUUAAUCUUUAAUAAAAUAUCCUCUAACCAUCAUAAGACA